CUUUUAUCCUACACUUUGUUCAUGAUCUUAAACUGUGAUUAGGAUAAUUAGGACACUGGCUUAAAAAUGGAAAGCAGUUAUGGAAGUAGGAUAUCUCAAGAAAUUAUUGGAUGAUUUUUUCUUGAUAAGGAUUUAUUGGAUGAUGCGAUAUGUAAAUAUGAAGUGUAUUUGAAGUUCCAUUUCUUUUCAAUUUUUCAAGCGGCAAACUAGGGUGAGAGAAGUAACAAUUACAAAAAAGAAGAAGAAGAAAAACUAGGGUGAGGUAUUGGCACAUCUUAAUACUUGUGUGAUCAGCUCAAUUGGUGUACCAUCAGCCGGCUAAAGGUUCCUGUUGCACGUCCCCAUGUUGCCUAAGGGUUAGUGGAGUCAUGGCUUGUGUGAAGAUUGUCAAUCGUCUCAAAGGUUCUUUUUGCCACCUGCUGCUAGUAAUUGCUCUGUGGUUGUCUAGCUAUCAGAAUGUAGUGGCUCUUCCUCUGUUACCUAAACCUGGGCAAACAUCUGAACUACCUAGCUCACCUAACACUGGAACUUUUCAGCCAAUUGAUAUAUCACCCACUAUGAUCCCUCAUUAUCCUUUUCCUGGAGAACCUUUGCCACCAAUGUACCCUUCCUUUCCAAAGACAUAUGACCCUGUCUUGACUGGAAGAUGCCCUGUAAAUUUCUCGAUCAUUUCAAGCAUCACAGGAAAAACAGCAUCUGAUUGUACUCAAUCUUUGUCGACAAUAGUAGGGAACGUAAUAUGCUGCCCACAGUUUAAUAGCUUACUCCACAUAUUCCAGGGAUUUUACAGCAACCAUUCUGAUACUUUAGUUUUACAAAAUGCGGUGGCUGAUGAUUGUUUUAAAGAUAUCAUCAGUUUACUAGCCAGCAGAGGAGCGAACAGCUCAUUAUCUAGCAUGUGUUCUGUAAAGUCGUCCAAUCUGACUGGUGGUUCUUGCCCCGUGAAGGACAUCAGUACCUUUGAGAAAGCAGUAAAUACAAGCAAAUUGUUAGAGUCUUGCAGCACAGUGGAUCCUCUGAAAGAGUGCUGCAGGCCUGUUUGCCAGCCUGCAAUUUCUGAGGCUGCACUUCAGAUCUCAGGGAUGAAAACGACUCUCAGUGAUAACAAGAACAUAGUUGGGGCACCUAGUGAAAUUGAUACUCUUAAUGAUUGUAAGGGAGUUGUCUAUUCAUGGAUUGCAAGGAAACUAAGGUUUGAGGAUGCCAAUACUGCAUUUCGGUUGUUGUCUUCCUGCAAAGUUAACAAAGCUUGUCCCCUGGACUUCAAGCAGCCAUCAGAAGUUAUCAAUGCAUGCAGAAAUUUAGCUGCUCCCAGUCCUUCAUGUUGUAGCUCGUUAAAUGCCUACAUUACAGGGAUACAGAAGCAAAUGUUGAUCACAAAUCGGCAAGCAAUUAUAUGUGCUGCUGUAUUUGGUUCUAUGUUACAAAAGGCUGGAGUCAUGACAAAUGUUUAUGAGCUUUGUGAUGUUGACUUGAAGGAUUUUAGUCUCCAAGCGUAUGGGCAAGAAGCAGGGUGCUUGCUUCGAAGUUUGCCAGCAGAUCUGGUAUAUGACAAUUCAACCGGGUUCAGUUUUACUUGCGACUUAAAUGACAAUAUUGCUGCUCCAUGGCCUUCAUCAUCAUCGGUCACAUCCUUGUCUCUGUGUGCUCCUGAGAUGUCUUUGCCAGCUUUACCAACGUCACAGACAUUCGGAAAUUCUGGCUGUCAGCUGGGAGGAAUGCAUUUCCUUUUGUCAGCUAUUUUGAUUUUUGUUUCAACAUUAUUUUACUAAAUUAGAGCCCACAGGCAUAGGUAGACAAACAUUGAAUGACCAGAUCACAUGUAUAUGUUUGAGUAUCCUCAUGUAUAGCUGCUGUUUUUUUUUUUUUUAUUCUAGAGAUUGUCUAAAAUAUUGCAUGCAAUGUGCAAUUUAUUCUUCUGCCGUUG